AUGGACGACCUUACGACUGAACUGACCGAGCGCUUUGAGCGCUACUGCGAUAUGAAGGGCGAUCAAUUCCCUGUCGAUGUUCUCACCGAAUUGCAGUCCAUGUCGCGAUUAUAUUCCAUCUCGCCCGAGGAACUGGAUUUCAAAUGGCAGGCGUACAACAUGAAAAUGGGUGGGGAGGAAAACAGGAUGGACGUCAAGACAGCGCGGGACUUCAAGAAGACCAUACAAGAUGCAUUGGAGCGCGAAAGCAGAGGGAAGGCACAGCAAAGAAACGAACCUAAGCGGGGUCAGCCGACACCAAGAGCAAAGGGCGGGGAUAUGUAUGACAUGUUAGAAGGACUUGUACCAGGUACACCACGUCAAAGCGCACCUAAUGGCGUCAAUGGCAGUACAGUAAAGCGCAAAGCCAACUUCAACACACCAGGAGGCAAGGCCACCAAGGCUCAUGAGACGAGUACGCCGGGUAGUGCCAUGACACCCAAGGCCGAAACCCCAGGUGGACCUGUCUUCGACUUUGCUUCCCGUACCAAUGCGAACGACAUUACCGAGCAAUUUAUGCAAGGCAACAUCGCUAUUCCAGAACCACCGUCAGAAGAACCGAAAGAACCCCGCAUCAAACUCAAGGCCAAUACAGACAUGUCCAAGUUCUCAUAUCGCACUAUGGCCAUGAAGCUAUCCGAAGCAUCUGAAGUCUUGGAUGACAGGAUCGACGAGUUCCGCGACCUUCUCAGGGAUACCACGGGCCUGGACGAAAGUGCAUUCGGCAAUCCCAACUACCCGUCUCCGAGUGAGAUUAUUGCAGUAGGAAGAAUAGCGAACGACACAAGCGAAGGCAGGCUCAACACGGCAUCAAUUGUCCUGGAAGGCUCACGAAGACAUGGCUCCGGCCGCCGUGUACCGCUGAACGUAGAAGGACUAUCGUCAUACGACUUCUUCCCCGGCCAGAUUGUUGCUCUGCGUGGCACCAACGCUUCGGGCGAUUCAUUUGUGGUUUCUGAAGUCCUUUCUCUACCACUUCUGAACCCGCCAGCCACAAAGCCCGAAGAACUAGAUACCAUCAACGCGCGAUACCUCGACACACCAGAUUCUGACCCGGAGAAUGUCCGGCCUCUCACCAUCAUGAUUGCUUCUGGACCCUACACCACAGAUCAAAAUCUCGACUUUGCGCCAUUACACACUUUCCUCGACAAUGCUGCUGAAGCAUAUGCAGAUUCCAUCAUCCUGGUGGGCCCGUUCCUUGAUGCAGAACAUCCUCAAAUCCGGUCAGGCGACUUUGACCUACCGCCAAACGCAAGCCCAGACCAGGCCACCAUGACUGAUCUGUUCCGACACCACGUCUCCAGCGCUCUACAAAACUUCAACAAACGCGUGCCAACGUGCAACGUUCUUCUGGUUCCUAGCUUACGAGACGCGCAUCAUCACCAUGCCGCGUUCCCCCAGGACAAGUUCAUCAAGAAGGAGCUCGGCCUAGGCGCUGCAGGAAAGAUGGUCCAAUGUGUCACUAACCCAAUGACUGUGAGUAUGAACGAAAUGACUGUAGGUAUGUCCUCGAUCGAUAUUCUGGACAUGCUGCGCAGAGAAGAGCUAGCAGGCGGCAAGGCGCGAACAACAAACAUCUACGAACGAUGCGCCCGUAACGUUAUUGAGCAGCGAAGUUUCUUACCUCUGUUCCCACCAACUGGACGAGAGAAGCAGCAGUUUAUGCCAGCUCCAAUCGAAGAGAAGGUAUUGAAGAGUGGGGCAGUCAACGGCGAGCGGAAAGAGGGUGAAGAGCCAGAAGAAGAAGAAACACCUAGUCCAUUCCUUCCGCUGGGUACCAUGCUCGACACGAGCUACCUCAAAUUAGGCGAAAUGCUGAACGUACGACCUGACAUACUGAUUACCCCCAGUGUUCUUCAAGGCACAGUCAAGGUCGUGGAGUCGGUACUCGUCAUCAAUCCUGGCACGUUGGCUAAACGCCGUGCAGCCGGUACAUACGCCCGCAUUAUUGUACAGCCUGCUGUCGUUAGUGAGGCAGAACGGGAGAAAGGGUUUGCAGUCGCACACAAGCUCUGGGAACGGACGCGUGUUGAUAUUGUGAGGAUUUAG